GGUCGCGUCUGUUGCUGCAACAGGGUGCGGCCGGGUGGGGGGCACAAGUGCAGCUUCCACUAAGCGGGGUGUCCGAGCAGUCCCCACCCCGUUCUGGGGUUCUGCGGGUCUCCGAGCUUCCCCAGACCCCGGUGGGGUUGCUUACGGGCGUUCCGGAAGCUGCAGCUUCAACCAUGUUUUUCACUUGUGGCCCAAAUGAGGCCAUGGUGGUCUCCGGGUUCUGCAGGAGCCCCCCAGUCAUGGUGGCCGGAGGCCGAGUGUUUGUCCUACCCUGCAUUCAGCAGAUCCAGAGGAUCUCUCUCAACACACUGACCCUCAAUGUCAAGAGUGAGAAGGUUUAUACCCGCCACGGGGUCCCCAUCUCAGUCACGGGUAUUGCCCAGGUGAAAAUCCAAGGCCAGAACAAGGAGAUGCUGGCAGCCGCCUGCCAGAUGUUCCUGGGGAAGACGGAGGCGGAGAUUGCCCACAUUGCCCUGGAGACACUGGAAGGCCACCAGAGGGCAAUCAUGGCCCACAUGACUGUGGAGGAGAUCUAUAAGGAUAGACAGAAAUUCUCAGAGCAAGUUUUCAAAGUGGCCUCCUCCGACCUGGUCAACAUGGGUAUCAGCGUGGUUAGUUACACUUUGAAGGACAUUCAUGAUGACCAGGAUUACUUACACUCGUUAGGAAAGGCUCGCACGGCACAAGUCCAAAAAGAUGCUCGGAUUGGGGAAGCAGAGGCCAAGAGAGAUGCCGGGAUACGGGAGGCUAAGGCCAAGCAGGAGAAGGUAUCUGCACAGUGCCUCAGUGAAAUAGAGAUGGCCAAGGCACAGAGGGACUAUGAGCUGAAGAAAGCCACCUACGACAUCGAGGUCAACACCCGGCGAGCACAGGCUGACCUGGCCUAUCAACUGCAGGUGGCCAAGACGAAGCAGCAGAUCGAGGAGCAGCGGGUGCAGGUGCAGGUGGUUGAGCGCGCCCAGCAGGUGGCAGUGCAGGAGCAGGAGAUCGCCCGGCGGGAGAAGGAGCUGGAGGCUCGCGUGCGCAAGCCUGCAGAGGCAGAGCGCUACAGGCUGGAGCGCCUGGCGGAAGCAGAGAAGGCCCAGCUAAUCAUGCAGGCAGAAGCCGAAGCUGAGUCUGUGCGGAUGCGAGGGGAAGCUGAGGCUUUUGCCAUAGGGGCCCGCGCUCGUGCUGAGGCGGAGCAAAUGGCCAAGAAGGCAGAAGCCUUCCAGAUGUACCAGGAGGCCGCCCAGCUGGACAUGCUGCUGGAGAAACUGCCCCAGGUGGCAGAAGAGAUCAGCGGUCCCCUGACCUCAGCCAAUAAGAUCACGCUGGUGUCUAGCGGAAGCGGAACCAUGGGGGCAGCCAAAGUUACUGGGGAAGUACUGGACAUUUUGAGCCGCCUGCCAGAGAGUGUGGAGAGACUCACAGGCGUCAGCAUCUCCCAGGUGAAUCACAACAAGCCUUUAAGGACAGCGUGAGCCCUCAGUCCUGGACAUGUGGCCCGAGUGGUCUCAUUGCAUGCCAUGCACCUCACCUGGCCUCCCUGAGCAUGGCCCCUGACAGGGGCGCACGCCUCUCCUUGCCAAAUAGUCUGUGCCUUGCCUUGGAGGGUUUGUUUGCCCUUCUUAGCCCAUUGCCAGUGCCCUGAACCAAGACUGGUCAUCUUACUUCAACCCACCCCAACUAUUUAACCUCCUGAUUAAACUAAACUGUUUGAGCCUGGU